UGGCCGUCUGGUAGCGCCGGCCGCCGGCGCAGUUUAGUUUAGAUUUGGUUACCGGAGAGUCGCAUCUCGCGCAGAUCAGAGCUACGAUGUUGGUCACGCGUGUGGUUUGUGAGACAUAGACUCAUGUUGGAUGAAGAUGCGGAUUUCUGGCGAUAUCCUUGUAUCACGGAGGUACAACAAUGGCACCGAUUUAUAUUUUUUUACUAUCGCUCUAUGUUCAAGUUCUCGCAGAUCAAAAAAAUGAAGAAAAUUUGGCUGCUCAAUUUAGCAUACACCAUUAUGAUUAUGAGACCGACCAGUCCUACCUCAAACAAACCCAUAACGGUGUGAAAAGGCUAUAUUCAGAAUGGGGAAAAUGGAGCAUUUGCCAAGACGGACAUAGAACUAGGCGACGUCGUUGCUUACAUCGGCAAGUUUGUGGAGACUCACUGCGAAUUGAAAUCUCCCGUUGUAGAGUGCCGGAGGUACCCGCGGAGAGUGACGAAGGAUAUGUGGACGAGGACAUGUCCCCUGCUAUGAACGUGUUCGGGUUAAAACAAUUACCGGAUGUGGACGUCCAAAAGAAGUUUCGAGGAUUCUCAGCUUGGAGUUCUUGGAGUUCAUGCUCUAAGACUUGCACUACGGUCAGGAAAAGAAUUUGUCGCAUGAAAUCGAUUUGUGGCCGGAAAGUCAUAAAACAGUCUGCGUUUUGCUAUCUGGAGGGGAGCUUUUGUCAUCUGUGGAUAAGAGGUCGGAUGCAACGCCGCAAGGAUCCAGAUCAAGUACGUGAUGAUACACUGGAACAGUUGCCAGCGCCAGUGCCAGCGAUACAUCCAGAAGAUUCUAGAAGCUCAUCAAUGACAACGCCAACUUGCGGUAGGCUGGGGAGAUACCAUCGGGGUUCACCAGCUGAAAGGAUUCGAUAUCGUAUGCAAGAAAUGAUUAAAAUUAUUGGUGGAAGACCAGCGCCUCCUGGGAAAUGGAUCUGGCAGGUUGCUGUGCUAAAUAGAUACAAGGAAGCAUUCUGCGGUGGUACGUUAGUAUCUCUUCGCUGGGUUGUGACAGCCGCCCAUUGCGUCCGUAGAAGACUAUACGUCAGGCUUGGGGAACAUGAUCUUCUUGUUAGAAGCCGAGGUGAACUCGAGAUGAGGGUUAUGGAGGCUGUCAUACAUCCACAAUACGACCCUGAUACUGUCGUUAACGACGUCGCCAUGUUGCGGUUACCGUCAUCAGCCAGACCAGACCUCGGCCACGGAAUAGCGUGUCUGCCGGAGCCCCAGAACGUGCUGCCACCUCACACCACCUGCGUCAUUCUGGGGUGGGGCAAGAAGCGUCCCACCGACGCUCACGGCACGAGGAUACUUCACGAAGCACAGGUGUCAACGAUACAGCAGGGUGUGUGUCGACGCUCGUACUGGCAGUACGCCAUCACAGACAACAUGGUGUGUGCGGGGCGCGGACGGCGGGACUCCUGUGCCGGGGACUCCGGCGGCCCGCUACUGUGUCGAGACCGCUCGCUGCGAUAUUACUUACAGGGUAUCACCAGUUUCGGUGAUGGGUGCGGUAAACGUGGUAAAUAUGGAAUCUAUACGAGAACUGCCGGUUAUGUGUCUUGGAUGAAAUCCGUUAUGAGUAAUAAGUAUUUUGACAAUUAAUGACACUCGAAUUAACUCGAAAAACUCUGUUGUUCACUAUUAUGACGGUUGUACUGUGGAGAUUGCACAUGACGGUUUAAUUUCUCUAAGAUCACCCCGUUCGGUGAUCAGUUGGAUCGUUUGUUAAUUUCUGCAUAAGCUUCAAGGCUAUAUAUAUGCUUCAGGGCCAUAGUUUGGGUUUGAAGAACACCAAUUUUUUCGCUAAUAAAUUAAUACGUAAGUCCUAGCUGUUAGUACAACACUUCCUACUUAAUAAGGUACCGAUUACUAGUUAGAUAUCAAUUAACUCGAGUCGCAGUUAUAUCGCUUAUUAUAAUCGCUGUUGGAACAUUCACAUCGCUGUGGGGACGCUCCGUCACAGAAUAAAUAAAUGCAUCAACUGCGCUUCUAAAUAUAGGUAUAGGUACCUGGAUUACAUGGAUUAUUUUCGAGUGAUGUCGAACAACAUAGUAAAUAAAAUACUAUCCAGAAUAAAUGAUUAAUAUUUAAGCAGUUAUCCUGGAUAUAGCGAAGGCCUUUGAUCGUGUAUGGCGCUCCUCUCCAAACUACCAUCAUUUGGGCUUCCCGAGAGCUUGUGCAAGUGGACCUCCAGCUUCCUCACUGGGCGCAGCAUACAGGUUGUUGUCGACGGAUAUUGCUCGAACCCGAAGCCCGUGAAUGCUGGAGUGCCCCAAGGCUGUGUGCUGUCUCCCACGCUGUUUCUUCUGCAUAUCAAUGAUAUGUUGGACACCUCCAACAUUCAUUGCUAUGCAGACGACAGCACUGGUGAUGCCGUAUACACGGGCCAUGCAGGUCUCUCUCCUGAAAUCGUCGACCAGUGCCGGGAGAAACUUGUGUCUUCUAUCGAGUCCUCUCUUGAGAAGGUCUCGGAAUAGGGAAAAUUGAACCUUGUCCAAUUUAACCCCCAGAAGACUCAAGUUUGCGCGUUUACCACUAAAAAAACCCCAUUUGUCGUAUCACCGCUCUUCGACAACACUUAUCUCAAAGCCUCGCCUAGUAUUGGAAUACUGGGUCUCGAAAUCUCGAGCGAUUGCCGAUUUCGUGGUCAUCUGGAAGGCAGAGCCAAAUUGGCUUCAAAGAAACUGGGCGUCAUUAAUAGAGCACGGCAAUAGUUCAAACCGGCCCACAUACUAGCGCUCUACAAAGCGCAGGUCCGGCCACACAUGGAGUAUUGCUGUCAUCUCUGGUCUGGCGCACCCCAGUAUCAGCUCGAUCCAUUUGACCGCUUGCAACGCAGAGCAGCUCGAAUUGUCGGGGACCCAGUGCUCUGUGAACGGCUGGAUCACUUGGCGUUGCGUAGAGACGUCGCUUCAUUGUGUGUCUUCUACCGCAUUUAUCACGGGGAGUGUUCCGAAGAGCUGUUUAACCUGAUUCCUGCUGCCGAAUUCCACCUUCGCACGACACGGCACAAGUUAGGAUAUCAUCCUCACCAUCUGGAUGUGUGGCGGUCCUCCACAGUGCGGUUUUCAAGGAUCUUUCUUCCACGUACUACAAAGCUGUGGAAUGAGCUUCCUUGUGCGGUGUUUCCGGGACGAUACGACAUGGGUAUCUUCAAAAAAAGCGCGUACACCUUCCUCAAAGGCCGGCAACGCUCCUGUGAUUCCUCUGGUGUUGCAAGAGAUUGUGGGCGGCGGUGAUCACUUAACAACAGGUGACCCGUACGCUCGUUUGUCCUCCUAUUCCAUAAAAAAAAGCAGAUUGUUUAUGUAAAACUCAAUCAUAACAUGCGACACAUAACACCGAGAUUCCCUUAUACAAUAUGUAAUAUUUCUUCCUGUGUAAUAGUAGCCCUUCUUCUUAUUUAGAUUAUUGAUGUGUUCAGAGAGAUAAACUAAAGACUUAGGUAUUACAACUCUACGGAACCGUCACAUUGCAUUAUUUAUAUAAAAUAUGAAUCUUAGCAAUAAGUUUUAUUUUAAGGUGUUUUCGUCAUCCUGUACUGGGAUUAUAGUAUGUAUUCAAAUUUAUAUUUAAAAAAAAAAUUAAGCAAUUGUGGUGUCAUCGACAGGAUCUACUAGCAUCCUAAUACUUCAUACUUUCAGCUCUGAGGUACUCGUAGAUCCUGAGAUCAACAAACAUAACAUUUAUGAUAAGUUGUAAGUGCUGGUAGCGAAGUAAGCGCGUUUGUAUCGUGGGAUACAAAUAACGCAUAAAUUUUAGUAAAAAUUUGUAAAUGUGAAGGUGAUUGUUACUCGCUAAUGUAAUAUUUAGUUUUAAAACCAAACGGUCUUAGUGAGAUUUUCCAACAUUGUAUGAAGCAUACCACUGGUCUUUGUAGUUAGAAAUAACAUUAUAAUAUGCUAAACAAAGAAAAUGCAAAAUGUUUACAAUUUCGUUGACAACACUGUCAAUACAAUGAUCUUCCAUCUUAUGAUACUUUAUAUUACUGUAUAAUU